UCUUCGAUUUGAUGGUAAAAAAGGGAAUUAAGAAAUAAGUUUGCAAAAAACUAAGACUAAAAGACUAAUUAAAAUGUGUCGGCUGCAGGUGUUGUGUUAAUUCAGUGAGAGAAAAUAAAUAUUUUUUCGCUGGUUUUGAAAAUCCUGCUCUAAAGAAAGUACACUUAUUAUUGUUUUGCUGUCGGAAAAUUUCUCUCUAUAAUUUGCUAACUUAUGGCGUCCGUUCAAGCGGACACGGAGCAUUUGAUUUUGCCUGGUUGUGCAAAUGAUCCGAACUUUGCGGUGAUAUGUGCUUUUCUUCAAAAAUUCGGUGGGGACCUCGGGUUAGACUUGCCCAAUUUCAAGCAACUACAGGAGUGGCUCACCAAGACAGACGAAGUUGCGCCUUCCCUAAAGGACAUGCAUAUAAAGCUUAUGCGAAAAACUCGAAGGACGGUGCACGAAAAGAGUUGGGAAUCCGCUUUGAGUAAAUUUUGCUUUUGCUAUUCGGCUCAUGAUGCUUGGGAGAUAGAGCGCUUUGGAUACAAAAACGCAAGCAUUAAAGUGAAGCUACGUGUAUUACGGGAGCUACUCGAAAGUCAAUUUGAGAGAAACAUGAAAUUUCGGGCAAAAAUUCUAAAUCAAAGUGCGGACUCACUAAGAACACAACCAAUUGGACGGGAUCGUCUGGGCCAUGCCUAUUGGGUUACUCAGGACAAUGACUGCAAUCUGCGUAUAUAUCAGGAGCAUUUAGACGAAGAAAUUUGGCAAGUGGUUGCAACGAAUCGCGAUGAGUUUGUGAAUCUGAUUGGACGGCUUCGCGGCAAUGAAGUUGUUCUGCCAUCCAAUGACAUCGGCAUUGUGGACGAGGAUACCAGUAGCAGCAAUAGCUUAGGAACCUGCGAUCAGAAGCAGAUUACCCCUGCUGAAGAGAAGGAUGGCGACGAUGAGAAAAAGAUACCAAAAAUAAGUAUUAGACUCAUUACUGAAAAGAAUUCAAAGGAAGGGGCCAAGGAUGUGGGUAAAGGCGAGGAAGAACUUGCUGCCGAGGAAGAUGCAAAAUUGAAUAAAAAAGUAGCCGGGGAUCUUGAGCAAUGUGACGAAGAGUUUGAAGAAAUCGAAGAAGAAUACGAUGAAGAAACCGAAAAUGAUGAUUCCAGGAUAGAAAGUGAAAACAUGAAAACGGUAGAGCCCUUGUUGAUAUCACAAAAUAAAAUAAAAAAUAAGUUACCCGAGUCCGAUGGUCACACUAAUCUAAACCGAAAAAGGAUGCUGGGCUCAAGUCUUGAGGAAAAUCAAGAGGGAAGUCUUGUAAAGAAACCUAAACCAACAUUGUUGGACUCUAAACGACCAAAUAACAUCGAUUCAUGCGAGAAGGAUGGAGAAGAGGACGUCGAUGGGAGUAGUGAAGGCGAUGUCGAAGAAGAAGAUAUUGACUCGGCAGCCGCCGAAGAAGACGAGAAUGAAGAAAAACAAAUAGAGGAUUUUGAUGAUGACGACGAUGAAGAAAUUGGCGAGGAUAUUGUAGGCAGAGAAAUUUCUGAUCCUGUUUUGCACGUGCAGGGCGAAGGAUCGGGAAAAGAUUGUGAUGCGGGGAACAUUUGGAGUAAUGCUGAUUUUGGCAUCGAAGACGAAGAUUUGCCAUUAGUCAGUGGAGCAAUAGAAGAAACAGUCAUUUUGGUUCAUGGAGAAGGAUCAGGUUUCGACAAUAUGGUAGGCAAUAUAAAAACUGAGGAAGAACUGCCAUUGAAUUCAGACAUGGUUGUGCCCGAGGAGAGAAAACAAUUGUUAACAUCGGAGGGCUCGUCUCCAAAACCAUUAAAAACUUCGGGCACCAGCGAAGGGACCCCAAAUGCGUCAAAGUCUAAUACGCCUACAAACGUCACAGCUAGUGAAGAGAAUUUAAAAAACUGUUCCCCGAAGGUGGAAACAAAAGUGGAUAACUCCAAAGAUAAAUCGGAAAGAACUAGCGAUUCUCCUGCCAAGAGUGAGGAAACCCAAGGUAAUGGGGAAAGAGAUCAAGUACCAAAAAUUAAACUGAAUUUGAGCAAAGCUGCUCAUUCCAUAAGCGUUGAAAAAGAAAAAGUUUUGGACUCUAAUCGCAGUGCCCUUGUGGAGGAAAACGACGAUAUCUAUGAUGCUGCUGAGCGAAAAAAGGAAGAUAAAGUCGGCGCAUUUCCAAAGCAAAUUAGAAAGAAAAAUACUCCUAAACUUGAACCGAUCAUACAGAAGAACUGCGAAACAAAAUCAAAGCCACUUGAAGCAGAUGGCAGCAUAGCCGUCUCGUCGAUCACCACGGCUUGGAGUCGAAAACGUCGUCUCGAGGAUUUUGCACACCAGCAAAUAACAACUGCACGUCAACAAUCAGAGAGUGAAAUUGAUGUAAAUUCCGAGAACACAAAUACUGAAGACCUUCAUAAUGAAAAGGAUGUCGACAUUGACGAGGGAGAUGUUGGUGGUAAGCGCCCAAAAAUGCGCCAAAAACAAAAUAAUGCAGAGCUGAGAAAGAAGGUGGAAGCUCAAAAGGCAGCCGCUAAUGAUGAAACCACUUCUUCUAGUGGUGGCGAAGAGAAUGUGCAACGACGAAGGAAGCUGGUCUCCCCCAAAAAACAUAAUGAAAAACCUAUAACGAAGACGGAACCCGAAGAAAAUUUGUGCCCGGAAAAUGCCCUCCCAAAUAAUACCAACGGUCAGCAUAAAAAAGUGGAUACAAAUGUCUUACACAGCAGCACCACAUCAACAAAACAAAAGCCUUCGCCCAGUAACCCAUUGGGCAGUAUAGCCAAACACAAGCCAACGUUGGACGAAAUUAUCGAAAAGAAAUUGAAGCGAACACAGGAAACGAAUAAAAGCGACAAUAUUGAAGCGAAAGAGGAGGUAGCUGUUAAGACUCAAUAUUCGCCUCCAAAAAAAUCACCCGUUACCAAACCGUUGAAAAAAAAUUUGCUCACUCAGAUACGACAGGAGGAGAGUGAUGCAGAUGCGCGCACUCCUAUAAAACAAUCUGUUAUCGAAGUUUGUCCACCUACGAGUAGCACUGCUGAAAAGUCGAUUGCUUUCCCCGAACGUCACAGAAAAAGGCAUAGCAGCGAAGAAGUGGAUCAUAACAUUAUUUCCGAUGCACCAGAAGCAAAGAAGGAAGUUUUGUCUGAAGAUAUAAAGCAAUACGAAGGUAAGUGUAAGACCGAAGCAACGAUACCGGAAUGUCAGAAUAUCGAAGAUGUCACGGAUGAAGUUAAAGAGAGUCCUAAAUCGGAGUUGGGUGGGCGUCGUUCUGGGAGACGCGCAACACUUUCCACCGCACAUCGUGAAAUUCCUCAAAUAAAACGAACUCGAGGAUGUAAAAAAGACAUUGAGGCAUUGGCAGAGCCUAAAAAAGAAUUCGAAAAUACAAAAGAUAAGGAUGACAUGAAAUAUUCAAAAAUUGUGGAUGGAGCUCCAAGUUCAUCCUCCAUGAUAUCUGCAGAAAUAAAAAAUGAGGACAAAUCUGAAAAGUCUGAAGCAAAAUUGCAGGAUACAUCCGCCGAUGCUAAGCAAGAGACUCCAACAAAAGUGACGAUCAAAGGAAAUCGCAAACAAAGGGAUGUAGACACGACAAAUAUAAUUGAGAGUACCGAUUCCGAGACUCCCGUACGACAAUCGAGACGCAUAGCACAACAAAAGAUCCGAGAGGAAGCGGAACGUAGAAAACUUGAAGAAAUUGCACUGAGAACUAUGAAACAGGAACUAAAAAAGAAGAAGAAGGCCGAGAAACAGUUGGAUCCUACAGUAGUACCGCCACCAUCGGAACCUUCUUCGGAUUCCGCAGAGAGCGAUGUAGAGAUGAAGAAAAAGGUCCAAAAGAAAAAGUGCCCGGGCAAAAAUGGCAGUUGGUCAUCUGGUUCGGAAGAACAAGAAGACCCUGAUGACGAAGAAGACGAAGAACCGCCUCAUUACGAUACUGACCCUGGGUCACCACUUUUCAAGUCGGACCACGAAUUUUCACCUGAAUCCGAAAUUGAAGACGAGACACAAGUUGUACCAAUGAAGAGAGCCCGCACUGUGAGAAAAGAAAAUGCAACAGAAAGUGAGCUGAUAGAAGAAGAGGAAGCUUGCCAAAAGUGCAACAAAUCCGACCACCCGGAAUGGAUACUACUUUGCGACAAAUGCGACAAGGGCUAUCAUUGUUCGUGUCUAUCGCCAGUCCUCUUUUAUAUUCCGGAGGGAGACUGGUAUUGUCCACCGUGUCAGCAGGAACAGUUAAUUAAAGCUUUGGAAAGUCACCUUAACGAAUUUGACAAUAUGGUUGAGCGCAGAAAAAAAGAACAGGAGGAAGAGCAACGCUUGGCGGAAGAAAUAGCAAUUGCAAAAGCAAAAGCUCAGCAGGAAGAGGAAGAGAACAAAAACAAAAUGACUAAAAAAGGCAAGAAAAAAAUCGGAAAAAAUUCAGCUGACAAUAGCGAUGACACGAAUAGUCAGACAAGCGACAACAAUGACGACUCACAGGGGUCGAAUUCGGGGGAGAGUGACGUUGAGCCAAAGAAACCUUCAGCCAAUAACAAAGGAGGUAGAUGCUUAUCGAAGAAUAAAAACAACGACAAGAGGAGUCGCAAAGAAAGAGGCUCAACACGCAUCACUCGCGCUCGUAAGCAUAGAUCUAAAUCCGAACCCAACAGUGACACCCCAAGUGGAUCUAACUCCGACAGUGAAUCGAAGAGUAGCUCAUCAUCAUCUUCCUACUCCGACAGCGAUAACGAACCUAUCUACAAGUUGCGCAAGCGCAGGCAAAUCAACGUAAGCUAUAGGCUUAAUGAGUAUGACGAUCUCAUUAACUCUGCCCUUAAAAAGGAAAUGGACGAAGUUGCGGGAGCGGGUAAUCUGGGACGUGGAAAAGAUAUUUCGACAAUUAUAGAAGCGGAUAAAGAGGAGAAGGCUCGCCAAAAGCAAAUAGAGGACGGCGAAGCGAUAGCAGAUGACACUAUUAAAAAUGAAGUUACGCCGGAAAAAGAAAAAUCUUCCAAUGCACAACAGAAGGACAAGUGCGACAAUGAAACAGACAGUGAUGAUGAGCCAAUUAAAAAGGUAGUUCAGCCUAAAAGUAAUCUCAAGAAGAAGCCUCGUAAACUCACAACUUUGGACAUAAGCUCCGAAGAUGAUGAUGGAUCCGAUGAAGAUUUCAAGGGCUCAUCAGUAGACUAUGACGACGACGAUACAUCCGUGUCUGCAACCAGUAACAGUGACUCCAGUUUGGAGGUGUACAAACGUAAAGAUAAAUCCAAGAAAAAGCAAAGAAAGGCUGCGCGCCGAGCUUUCCGCGAACGUCGGAAGGACAGAAAAUUUGUAGUUGACGAAAGCGAUGACGACGAAGAAAUACAGAAGCCGAAAUCUAAGAAAAAGCGCAAAGACAUUUCCGAUUACACCGAAAGUGAAGUCGAUGAUGAUGACCUCUCGGAGCUAUCCGAAAACAUAGACAGUGCCGAUUUGUGCGACGACACAACAACAGAUGAGUCCGAUGGUGCUUGGAGGCCUAACAAACGAAAGAAAUCAAAGAAAACAAAUGCCUCCGCACCUCCUCCCAAAGCGUCCAAACCUAAACCACAUUCUACCAACAAGUCCAAAAAGUUGGAGUAUUCCGAUGACGAUAUUAGCGAAUCCGAGGAUGAUGACGACAAUGACGAAAUCGAAGGCGUGGGUGGUGGCAAACAACCCCGAUCUCAACCACUCCAAUCAAAAGUAAAAGCAAAAGUUGGUAGUUCUUCAAAAACCAAGAAGAAAAAGAAAUCAACCGACGAGGAGCAGAGUCUCUCCGACAGUGGCGACAGCACAAGACGCACCCGAGGACGCAGAUACGCAUACAUUGAAGAUUUUGAUGACGAUAGUUCGGAUGGAGGAAUAAAGCCAGGUGUACAGAGACCUGAUACGCCACCAGAAGAACGAGAAAAAUUCAUAAAACGUCAAGAGGAAAUAAAACGUAUGUUGGCCGAGAAGAAUGCAGAAGGAGCCAAACUGGUAGCUACACCUCGUUUAACGCCAAUUAAAAGUGAAGGUGACAAAGAUAAGAAAUCACCUUCGAAAGUGGCGGGAGGAGACUCGCUCUCAACGGUUCCAUUGUCGGUUAUUAGGCAGGCUAAGGUCCUGGAUAUAGAUUACUUGCAACGAAGGGGAGAAAAUAUGGAUGACUUGAGUGCUGACGUAGGUGAUGUAGAUGAUUUCGACGAUGCCGAUUUGCCCGAUGAUCUGCCAGAGGAUAUGGAUGAGGAUGCCAUAGCUCGUAUGGUUGAAGACGAAGAGGAGGACUUUGGAGCCGUUUCAGCCAGGGAAUUGCCACCGCCAGAUGAAGUACUGCGGACGCCUUGUGCACCGGUGAAGCCAAAACCAAAAGAAGUCGAAAAGAAUGUACCCCCAACACAGCCACCCAUCGCUAUUUCAACUCAGCCAGCACAGGUGCCUGUAACGGUAUCACCUUCAGGCCUUCAAGAACCAGUGAGAAAAAGAUUUCCAAUGCCCACAAUGCAUCCACCAUUAUUGCGACAUCAAUUCAACGUUCAAGAUGCAAUAUCCAGUGGUCAGCAAAUGGUUCAGAGACUACCUGUUCCAAGACAUGCUGCUCCGCAGCCAUGUCAUUUGCUAAAUGCCCUCUCAGCACCCCCGACUCAAUCGUUGCCUCGGACAUAUCCUCCGUCACUCCUCACUCGAAUGGCUAACAGCUUGCAAAUGCAGACGCCUGCAUCUCCUCUUCCGACGGCAUGUAGGGCACCAUCUCCCAUUGUCGUGAAAUCUGCGCAGCAACUCAAUCUUCAAUCACAGGAUAAAGGUACAACACAAUCUGCAGAGCCUGAAAUGAAGCCACGGGGUCGGCGAAAAAAGAUCACUCCAUUGCGAGAUACCUUGCAGAAGCAACAAACAGCAGCAGCCAUUGCGGCUGUGUCAGGAGCGGUUAUUGCGGAUUCAGCUAAAUCCACUCCCCCAAGUGUAAUAAAAGGGGGUCCACUUCUCAAGGGUCCGCCAACGCCCAGCAUACAACAAACCGGACCGCCCAUGACAGGAAGGCCAAUGGCGUCCAUGCCAACAUCUAUCUAUCCAGGAUCUGAAGCAGGAUUUUAUGGACCACCCGGUUCGCGUGCUCCUCAUCCACAGCGUCAUCGAGGGCCACAAAUGGCACCAAACCAUUUGGCACCCCAUCCAGCAAUGCGACAUUCGUAUGGUCCACCGCCGCCUUUGAAGGGAGCCGGACCUCUUUCAGCGCCAAACGCUGGCAAUCAUCCCAAUGUUCGAACACCGCUACAUCAUAUACCAUCGUUUAUUGGAGGCCCGCCAACUGCCAGACAUUCCGCUCCACAUUUGAAUCUCUAUGGCAGGCCAUCACUGUUUGGCAAUCCGAAUUUUGGUCCUCGUGGUCAUCAUAGACCUCCUCCACCUGUACAUUCAUCAGAGUAUCCGGCUGGUUCGCGUGCUUAUCCACCUUACGGAUUCUAUCCACCCCCACCACCCCUGACGACACCUUUGAGAGGUCAAACUGCAAUGCAGCAGCAGCCGCCACCAUCAGUUAUAGUUUCCAAUGUACCGUCUAUUCCCACAACAUCAUCGUCAUCAAGCUCAGGUACAACUGCAGUUACUUCUCCAGAGAGGAUCCAAAAACCUGUGAUGGUCAAGCAAGAAAUGCCUAUUAAAAGCAGCCCAUCUAAGACGCCGGUCGAACCAACGUCCAAACCAAGCCCAGAACCCAAGAAAAAGCUUACCACGCUAGAGGCAUUCACUGCCGGAAGUGCUGUUGUGAAAUCCCCGUUGGCUAUCACAGUUCCUGUUUCAAAGCCGCAUGGUUCGCCUGGUCAUGGAGACCAACAUGUAGAUGACUCUCCGCCAAGACCCAAUCGUGACGCGACACCCCCGUUAAGUGAACAACGGCCAGGUAAUGACGGCCAGGCUAGCGAGUUUAGCGGCCUGGUAAGCUACUUUAGUUCCCAACAUGACGACUACAACACGUAACAUUAGAAACAUCCCUCAUCAUAAAUUUUGUAUGUACAUAUUUAUUUUCUAAAGGAAAACUUUAAAGGUGUCCACGCCAACGCGCGCGUUCGCGACCCCUUUAAUUCCUAUGUAUGCUUGUAAGACUUCGAACAAAAAUAACAACCAUGCACUCCGUAA